AUGAACCCCGAAACCCAUACCAGCACCAGUCAUGCUCGUCCCGAUAAUGCAGACUCCGGGCCGAGUCCAAGACCUGAUCAGAAGGCCGAUCAGAAGGCCGAUGACAAGCCUGCCGAGACCGCUCUUCCUGGCGAGUUGAUCUCUGCUGGGUCGCAGCAGCUUCAUCGGAGACUGGGCGGGAAGGAGAUUCAGCUGUUUGCUGUUGGUGGUGCAAUUGGAACUUCUCUCUUUGUCCAGAUGGGAGCAGCUCUUCCCAAAGGAGGGCCAGCUGGGUUAUUCCUGGGCUUUGUGGUGUACGGGACUAUCGUCCUCUCCGUAAACCAGUGUUUCUCUGAGAUGGUUACGUAUAUGCCCAUCCCAUCGCCCUUUGUCCGACUGGCCGGCUUCUGGGUCGACGAUGCGCUGAGCUUCGCGAUGGGAUGGAACUAUUUCUUCCUCAUGGCAUUCAACAUCCCCUACGAAAUCACCGCCAUCCACGUCCUUAUCACCUACUGGACGGACAAGGUCCACAUCGGCGUCAUAGUCGCCAUCUGCCUCGUGAUAUACUCCGUGCUCAACGGCCUCACGGUCAAAUACUUCGGCAUAUCAGAGUUCUACAUGUCCAUUUUCAAGAUCUUCCUUAUGCUCGGGCUCAUGAUGUAUACAUUCAUCACCAUGGUCGGCGGGAACCCGAAUAAAGACCCGUACGGCUUUCGAUAUUGGCAAGAUCCGGGCUCAUUCGUCGAAUACCUCGUCCCAGGCGACACAGGCCAUUUUCUCGGUCUUCUCUCCUGCAUGAUCCAAGGCUCUUUCACUAUGGUCGGCCCGGAAUACAUCUCCAUGGCAGCCGGCGAAGCCGAGAACCCGCGCCGCCUGAUGCGCAAAGCAUACGCGUCAUUCCCGUGGCGUCUCAUGUUCUUCUUCAUCGGCGGCGCGCUAUGCGUGGGAAUCGUCAUCCCUUAUAACGACCAGAUGCUGGCUGAUGUUAUCUCCGGCGAGAGAGAAGGGAGCGGGACUGGUGCUGCAUCACCAUAUGUAAUCUCAAUGCUCGAAUUCGGCAUCCAAGGCGUACCCGAUCUCGUCAACGCACUAAUAAUGACAUCCGUCCUAUCCGCCGGAAACAACGUGAUAUUCAGCGCCGCGCGGACCCUGCACGGCAUGGCAAUAGACGGGAAAGCACCCUCUUUCUUCUCGAAAUGCAAUAAACACGGUCUGCCUUACUACGCCGUCACAUUUGCGCUGGCAUUCUGUCUACUUGCGCUGCUUCAGAUUGGGAAUACAUCCUCCACGGUGCUGGAUUGGUUGGUUGAUAUAUGUACGGCGAGUACCCUGUUGAAUUACUUUGGGACUGUGGUUACGUAUCUCCAUUUUUAUUACACUAUGCAGAGACAAGGGCUCAGUCGGGAUGAUCUACCAUUAAAAGGCCGGUUUCAGCCCUAUGCGGCAUGGUAUGCGCUUGUGGGGACGUUCCUUAUGACGCUGAUUCUGGGGUAUACGGUAUUCAUUGAUGGGCAGUGGGAUACGACGACGUUUUUUACUAGCUAUACCAUGGUUGCGUUUUAUAUUGUGGCGUUUUUAGGGUGGAAGCUGCUGAAAAGGACGCGGUAUGUUAGGGUUGGCGAGGCGGAUUUGAAGAUCGGUUCAACGAAGGAUGAUAUUGACCUGUAUGAGGAGCUUUAUGAGAGACCGAAGAGGGGGAGGGUUGGCCAUUUGUUGAAUCGGUGGUUUGAGUAG